CGCAUUUUGCGUACGCCUUGUGCGUGUAACUAUCAUAAUUGCUUAUUUUGGGAUACGCCAUCUUUAAUUUGCAACUCUCAGAUUUUCUGGAUUUUCUCUUAAAUUCGCAAUAUUUUUUGAAUCUGUAGAAAUUAAUGGCGAUGUUGGGAUGUUUUACGUCUAUAAAUAGUUCUCUGUUGGGUGUUUCACUCGAAUUCUUGAAGUUGUGUUGAGAUUUUAAUGGCAAUGGUUCAAGAAGAACCUGCCCAGAAGUGUAGCAAUAGUAGUAGUGGUGAUGGUGGGGGAGGUGUUUGUAGUGGUAGAUCUUUGAAAAAGCUUAAACAGAAAAAAGUGCCCCAAAGAGGAUUAGGGGUUGCUCAGCUAGAGAAGAUUAGAUUAGAGGAACAGCACAGAAGGGAGAACAAUGCUUUUCAAGCAGCUAGUAAUAGUGUGUUCUCACCUAGCAUCUUGCUGCCUAAUAUCUCCUCAAGGUCUCACCUUUCUCCUCCUUCAUCAAUCCAUUCCCCUCCUGAUCUCCCCUCAUGUCUCCCAAAGUUUGAUCAUGAGGGUGGUGAGAGGGGUAGAUCGGGCUUGAUGAUCCCGGGCCACAGUCAGUGGCCCAAACUGUGGGAUGGUGAAUACAAUCUCGAAGGAGGAGAGAGUCGAAGGCUGGAUCAACUUGGGUAUUCAUUAUGGCCGAACAUAAACAUGCCUAUUGAACCGCAUUCUUCAGUUUUGCCACUCCCAACUGCAUUGCAGAGAUCACAGCAAUAUCAGCAGCCUGCUUCUUCAUCAAUGGGGCUAGGGAAGGAGAUAUGACAGUUCACUGUGAAGUCGAGAUUCGAGAAAACGGAAAGAGAACUUACCUGUUAGCGCCACAAGAAGGAAACGAAGGGAGCCGCUUGGUGAGGUUAGCGUGCAGAAAGGAGCAGCUGGGUGUAGUAGGGUUAGGAGUGCUGAGAAAUGGAGAGAAAUGGAAGGUGUGUUCAAAGUGACAAAUUGACGAUGAGAGAUGGAAAUCAAAUGGGAAGAUAAGUUCUUUUUUAAUAGAGUACAGCUGGUAGAGCACAUUGUACAACUGACUAAGCAAGAUGAUUACACUAACAUUUUCCCCUUCCCUUCAAUAUCCUAACCUUCAUUGGCUAUUAUAAGAUUGUAAGAUAAUAUUAAGAUCAAUAUUAAUAUAGUAAUAGUUAUUAUUAUUCUUUUAUAUCCUGUGACUGAUUUGUGAAUGUUGCAGGUGAACAUCUUGUCUGGGAUUUCAUCAUCAACGUCAUCUUUAAAGAAUUUUCAGACAGAGCCCCCUUCAAACCAAAUUUACCGUGAUAACGAUUACAUGCCACUGUGGCCUGAGGAAGUGAAGAUGGUUGGUGUCAAAAGGCCAUAUCCUUUCUCUCCAGAAUACCCGCCAGUUCCAUCAUUUAAUUGCAAAUUUCCUCCUGGUUAUGCUUCUUCCACAUCGAGGGCAAAUAAUGAACCAACAUCCUGUGGCAACGGUAGCGUAGCUAAUGUAUUAGAAUCACACAAUCUUCCUAUCAGGGAAGGCACUUCAAGCUCACAGUUUGAGUCCAACUCAAGAAGUCUUAACAGAGAAAAUGGAGGUCUUGAUGGAGAUUUCCUCUCGUUGGCCCCUCCGGCCGAUGCAGCUUCUUCAUCACAAAUAGAUCAUAGAUACCACCAUUCAUCCAGAAAUCAACUCCCCCUAAAUCCUGAAGCAUCAAAUCAGAGAGGUGGUGAAGAGAAAAUGAAACGGCCAGGAAUGAAUGGAUGGGGUCAACCACACAUCUUUAGCUUCUUCCCGCCAACUAAGGUGCAAAGUGAUCUUGAAGAAAGCUCUAAAAGAAGUGACAAGAGUGAGUCUAAUGGAGUUGUAGAUCUGAACCUGAAACUAUAGAUAGCAGCAGCUUGUCAACCUCCUUUGAUGAUUUUCCCAUGUUACUACAUUUAGUGGAUGAAUGCUUGAUUCUUUCUAUCUUGUCCUUGAUAUGAAAUAGUUUCCACGCGGGUAGAGAGAAAUAUAUGCACUUGAGUUGGAACAUGAAACCAACACCAACUUCUCGGCUGUGUUAGCAUUGUUUGGUAUCCUAGUUAUAGUAACUCAUUUUUUUUUUUGGA